AUGGACGCCCAGCCGACAGCGGCUGAACUCAAGCAUCAUUAUCAAGCGAACCUGUGGACGCGUCUACCCGCCGAACCUGCGCUAUCGAAGACGACCUCGAUUUACGGCCCUGAGUCUGCCGUCGCAUACUUUCCCUCUCAUCUCGAGCUCUUGCCGAUUUUGCUCCCGCAGCACUUGAGCAUCUCUCAGGACAGGCUCCAGUCCUACAGCAAGCUUGUGUCUUCUAGUCGAGGAGGCGGUAGUGGUGCGAACAACUUGCAAUUGCCGACUGCGAUUUCAUUGACGCAAUCUCAGCCUGCCGCGCGGUCGCAAUCAUCUUCCAAGGUGUCGACCACGGACGGCUUGCAGGGGAAGCUCAGCGUUCUGAGCUGUCAUGGGAAUAGGCCAGUCAAGCACACAGAAAACGCCGAACGUGCGCUUAUAACAUCCGCAAAGGAAAUGUCGGUCAAGAUGUCGGGAAAGAAACAACCAGAUCAGAACGGCCCGCACGGCCUAGCUGCCCGACCGCCGCUCCCAACCGACCAGAUGAAUCACCUUCCAGCUACAGUAACGAGCUCGGUGCCAUCCACGCCUCACCAACAUGCUAGGAAAUUCUCCUUCGAGUCCCGUGAUCCAUCCCCUGGCGCCACACAAAACCAUUCGCCCCGUUCUGCGUAUUCGGAGACGAAUGGUAACGUUCCAUCACUUCGGCCGCUGCCUCCCAGGCUAGGGGGCUGUCGCUUCGAGACCGCCAUUCCAUUCUCUAGACGACGAAUGCCAUACAGUAUCGGAGCGGAUAGACUGGACCCCGUUGAUCCCGACAAGAUUAAGAGCAGGUUAUCAGAGGACCAUGAGGCGAAGCUCACAACGACCCUGCGCGAGCUUUAUGACAGCCUAAUACCGACUCCAGAGGUGGAGCUUGAUAUCUGCAUCACAACUCCAUGGAAAGAAUUGGAGAGCGUCUGCAUGAUUGCUGAGUUGCUUCAUAAACCAUUUGGUGGCACGCUCAGCUCGUAUACAUGGAUAUGCUUGACUAUUGCAUUUCUACAACUACGAGACCCUCCAGUUCUCCCAGCGCUUCACCAAAAAGACAACCUGAAGCUUCUCAGGCCAGAUGGGACAAAGAGUGAUUUUGCUGAUGACAUCGACAAGUUGCGUGGGUUUGGGGACAAGAACGAGGAUAGCCUGGCGGUUCUUCUCUUCAAAUUCUUCCGAUUUUACGCACACGAGUUCGACUACGACAAGUACGCAUUGUCAAUACGAACCGGCAAGCUACUGAGUAAGGUUGAGAAACGCUGGCAUAUUGGGGUUAACAACAUGCUCUGCGUGGAGGAGCCGUUCAACACCAUGCGCAAUCUUGGAAACACAGCCGACGACACGUCUUUCCGGGGUCUCCAUAUGGAGCUACGUCGGGCAUUUGAACUGAUUGCCGACGGCAAAUUCGAGGAAUGCUGUGAGCAAUAUGUCUUCCCGAAGGAGGAGGAAAGGACAAUCUUCCAGAAGCCAGCGAGUACAUCAAGACCAAUCUUGGUUAGAAGCUCUUCGCAGACGCACUCGAGUCGUAACCCUCGGAACGGCGGCUUUCGAAACGCUCGACAGUUCAAUCGGAACGGGAACGGGAACUCCGGUCGCCGGGGCUCAUCGAGCGUAGCACACGAUCCUAAUUCAACUUAUGUGCAGGCUGGAGUUCCAGGGCCGAUGGGUGCUCCAGAGUUUCUGCAAUGGUAUCACCAACAUGGGAUACCUGCGGAGGUUUACGCAUCCCAGCUCAACGCAUUGGCUCAACAGCAACAGCAGCACCAGCAGCAACAAGAUAAUAUCCGGUAUCAGUUGUUUGCACAAUCACAACAGAUCAAUCAACAGCAGUUGCUCGCCCAUGCUAAUAGGACGAGAACAGGCGGCUCGCAGAAUACCGAUAGGUCUCGGACGAACUCUUUUGACAAUCUUCCAACAAGUCCUCCAGUGCGGCCUGAACAACUACUCUACGGGUACGCAUUCCCGUUGCAGAAUCAUCCCUAUUACCACCCCGCACUACAGACAUAUCCGUCUUCCCCUGUGACGGCAGCUGCAACAGCUGGUGGAGGGUCCGAGUAUAGGCGAAGCCUUCAUCGUAAUUCUGCGGCUAAUGAGUCUGGUGCUUCUUCUGGUAGCGGUACGCUCAGGUCGCAAUCCCAGCCAGCAGCAAGGACCCCUACGGCCUCUAGUCAGAACAUGACGGGUUAUCUCGGGACGAGUCAGCCUUCAGUUGGAAUUCCCAUCCCAUUCCCGCGAAUGGCAAUGCCCCAUUACAUGCCAGACGAAGCGAUAGAUUCGGAUAUCGAUCUUGCGUCAGCCAACAGUGUGACCGAUUCUCCGCCUGAGGAUGAUGGUUCGCGAUACAACCACUAUUUCAUGCAUGGAGGCUCUAGCCCCGUCACGAACGGUACUCACGGCAUCAUACCCUCCCUCGGUGAACUGACGCUCGGCAAUGAGACUCGCCACCGACUAUCGAGUGACCAGCUGCCUCAGUCGGUCCUUGAUAGAAGAAUGAAGCGCACCUCGCGGUCUCCCUCGCCUUUAGGCCACAGCAGGACUCCAUCGGCUGGGAAUGGUUUUGCGCCGUCAGCGCCUGUUUCGCAAACCAAUGGCAAGCUCGCUCCCAGUCGUGGGCCCCUCAUUGUCAACGGCUCGAUGGGCAAAACCAAACCUGCUGCCAGUGUCUCUCGCCAACCACCACCAGUCGCAGAGCCUGCGGUACCGGAAGAUGCGCCUUAUGAGAAUCCUCUCUAUAUCCACCAAGGAUUCUACAAUGGCGGGUGGGCCGACCCGGCCAACUUUCACUUACCCACUGCUACUGGACACAACCCAGCUCAGUUCCCGGACCGGCCGGUAAUUGUAAAUAGUACUACAGCUACCCGGUCUCCAUCCAAGAACAUGGGGGACGCAUCAUUCCAACAGCGCAUCGCAAUGGCCAACAGUUUCCAUCCUGGCAUUCCAUACGCGCCUAUGGCUAACGAUACCACUGCGUCGCCUGGAUUGUCUCCUCCGAAUGGUGAUCGUAUGAGACCCAUAGCUCGCCAACAGCAGAACGGGAUAGCGCCACUUGAGCUUGCUGCUGGUAGCUUUGGCGUCGCUCAAGAUUUGCAGCAUCUCUCACCGGUAUAUGAGGCGCGAACGCCAUCGCCCACCCUCACGCGAAAAUAUGAAUCCUCACUGCCUGUUUCCACGCCAGCCCAUGAGCCUGCACACGGCCAGACUCGCUCAGAACGUUCCGAUAACUGGAGAUCAGGACACAAGACAUCUCCGGUGAAAUCUCCACCAGCAGGUCCUGCAGCAAAACCUGACUCUGUGACCCGCUCACCAGUUCUAGAUCAGCGAAGUAAUGGAACUUCCAGGGGCAAUGGACACAUGCGGAACGGGAACAAGGGUCAGAAUGAGGGGCUCAGUGACUGGCAAAAGUCUAAGCCUCGGAAGAAGGGCAUGGCUGAUUUGAAACAUGUGGCGAACACUUUUGCCCAAAGCGAACAGUUACCCAAAAAUGACGGGGAGCGAAGAGGCGGUUGA